AUGAACUGGUACGUCCGACUGCUGCAAAAGUACCCAUACCGAAUGGCGGUGACGUCCACCUCGUCUCUGUUCAUGAUCGGAGAUUGUGUGUCUCAGCGAUACUUUUCCGAUAAGCCCUAUGAGCCCAUGCGCACUGCUCGAGCUGGUAUUUACGCGUGUGCGUUUGCGCCUGCCAUGACUGCGUGGUUUCGCUUUCUGGGCCAGCAACAGCUACCGGUGAUUGCCAAGGUCGCUAUUGAUCAGGCUGUUUUUGCACCAUCUUCUAUCGGGUACUACUUUUCGGUCAUGGGUCUUCUGGAGGGCAAGAGCCCCGACACCAUCUGGCAGUCGCUCAAAAACCAGUACUGGGACACUCUCAAGUGCGGUUGGAUGAUCUGGCCGGCCUUCCAGCUCUUCAACUUUGGUAUUGUUCCUCCUAACUUCCGGGUGCUGGCCUCCAACUGCUGUGGACUGGUGUGGAACACGUUUCUGGCGUACCAGAACGCCAACAAGAUGGAGAAGGGUCACGUGGCCGAUUUAGUGAUUGAAGAGGUCAAGGAGGAGGUCAAGGAGGUGAAGCAGGAGGUGUUGGCUGAGGUCAAGGUCAUUAAGGGCUUUGUGAAGCAGUAA